UGUCCGAUGAACGGAGGAAUAGCCCAAACGCGAAAUUUUCUUGCUGCAGCUGCUGGUGUUGUCAUCGUCGCCGCCGCCGUUUGGUCGUAGUAGGCCGUCGAUUUCAAUGUUUUUCGCGCAAAGCCGAGGAUUUUUUUGUGUUUCGUCAAUUUGAAAUUGUAAGGAAGUGAUUGAUUUGUGCAAGCGCGAGCCCCUCGGUGACUACUUGUCAUAGCUGUCAUCGCGGUUGACAGCUAAUUGUCGGCAGAAACGUCAUAUUUUGCUCUGACCGGGGGUCAAAACCCGUUCCCAAGACAACGUUCGUGCGUAUCAUCCGAGUUCAGUUGUAUGUGUGCGUGGGAGUCAUUGAUGCAAAAGCAAUCCUUUUUUUCGUCCAAGGACAUCGGAAAUGUGUACGACCCUUUCCGGUUCGUGGUUCAGUGAUUAAACGGGCGUGAAAGUGUUCAUCCAUGGAUUUGCUCCGGGUAAUAAACAGUCAAUGUGCGGGAUUAACUCCGAAAUCAAACUUAACAGUGUAAAAUGUGUGUCUAAAUGCGUCAAUGCGUGAAUCACAAAAGUAAACCAAAUACCUCAAGUAGCAGAAACAUCAUAGCAAUCGACGUGAAGUUCUAGAAAGAAUACAAAAUCAGAUGUUUCUAUUUAGGAUGAGUGCCUUACAGGACCAAAAGCAGGAAUGCUGAAAUCGCAGCCAAACCUAUAGUACAAAACUAUAUCGAAACACUAUUUUAAAAAAUCAAAUCGUUAAACGUGAACAAAACCGUUCGAUAACGGAAGAAACCUCAGGAACGUCACAUUCGACACACCCUAGUGGAUAAUUUGAAUCAUAGUAGGCUUCGCUCGGAAAAUCAAGUUGGAUUCGACAGGCGAAGAAUUUAGCAGCACUGAUUUGCUGCACAGAUUCGGCAACAAAUCGUUGCCUUUCGUAGGCCAUCCACCGCCUACUCAGUUUUAUCAGUCUCCGCUGACGUUACUUCAGCCGCCGGCCAUCCCGUCUUCACCGCCGCAAUCCAAGCAGUCGGACGAUACGCGAAAGGCCGCCGAAGCCGCCGCCAUCAAGAUGGAAUCAGCUGGACAUGAAUCUGAACUAGGAUAUCUUCAAGAAAACCAGGCCCAGCAGUACGGCGAAGUGAACCAGCUCGGCGGAGUGUUCGUCAAUGGGCGGCCUCUGCCCAACAGCACCCGGAUGCGAAUCGUCGAACUGGCCCGGCUCGGCAUCCGACCGUGUGACAUCUCCCGCCAACUGCGCGUCAGCCACGGCUGCGUCUCCAAGAUACUAGCACGCUACCACGAAACCGGUUCCAUUCUCCCGGGAGCCAUCGGAGGGUCGAAACCUCGGGUCACUACCCCCAAGGUCGUAACGUAUAUUCGGGAGCUCAAGCAGAAAGACCCGGGGAUAUUUGCGUGGGAAAUCCGGGAUCGAUUGCUUUCCGACGGUGUCUGCGACAAGAACAACGUCCCCAGCGUGAGUUCCAUAUCGAGGAUCCUGCGGAACAAGCUUGGGAACAUCACCCACCACCACACCGGAAGUCACACCCCGCACACGCCCCACCUCUACAACUCGAUCUACCCCUCGUACCCGUACACGACGGCCAACUCGCUCAAGUCGGAAAUGUCCUGCGGCGGGGGAAGUCCUUCGCCGCCAACUCCGGGAGUAACCCCGAUCCGAUCACCUCAUCAUCACUGUUGGCCCUCGUCGCACUCCGUCACGGACAUCCUGGCCAACGUGCACCAUCAGGCAGCGGUGGCGGCGCUCCGAAACGGUGGAAACGUCCCGACGUCCCAGUGCCACACGACGCCUCCGCCGCCCUCGCUGGGGUCCGUAGUUCCGAACAUGGCCGCCGCGGCCAACAUGCAGCACCAGAUGCAGGAGAGUGCCCACCACCACCAGUCGCCCAACUCGUACAACUACUACAUGUAUCUGCAGAGCGGCGGAAUGCACCACGGGGGACUGGCCAGCGCUUCCGGGUUAUAGGACGCCGCCGACGGGUCCGGGUCCGGUUCUGCUACGAGGCCGUCGGUGUCGGCCUCGCUGUUCGCUCAGAGUGUGCUGUUCUAGACUGGAAGAGCGCGCAAACGAUGUUCGUUUUUUUUUUUUCUGUUCGUGUUAGGUCAAAUUUUACUUAUUUUUCGAAGUGUGAAUGCGUGGGUAUGGGGCAAAUGCUGUUCAAUUAGUGUGUAGAUAAGUGUUUUGAUAGGUUUUAAAGUUUUUUGUUUCCGAUUGAGGUUCUGAGAAAUGGCAGCGAGAGAGUAGGAAGAACCGGGGAAAUUGAAGCUGGUUAGAAAGUUAAGGGGAAAGGGUAUUUUGGACGAAAUUUAGUGAGAAACUUUAAAACCAGUGCAAUAUGAACCAUAAGGAACCAGUUGAUUCGUCUCAGUUGAUUUAGUUUUAUAUUUAGUGUGAACAGUGAAUCGUGAUUGUUUGGUAGGAGGUUAUCAACUUGAAAAUGAGCACUUUCCGAGUGAAGAGUUAGUCAUAAAUCGAAAUAACCAGUUGAAGAGGAAGAUCCUUUUCAUGAAUCCAACCAAUCCAUAUUAUGGAUCGGAACACAACAAUAGCAAUUUAUCAGCACGACAAAUGAAUGGUGUGUAAGGCAUUUUAUGAGACGUUUCGAAGCAUAUGUUUUUUGCUUGUUUACAAGCUUUGAAACUUGCUGGCGGGCUCAUUUAUUUACAUUUCUUCUAGCGCCACAUUUGGGAGGAACUCAUUCAAUAAUGGCGUGCAACGAGCUUUUCAAUCUCCCCCGGUAAAAUUAAAAUCAGCAGGCAGGGAACAAUUUCUUUUAUAUUC